CUUUACCCUCAAUCUCAUUUAAAGGGGAACCUUAAUGAAAGGGAGGUACCCAUCUAGCCAAGUAAAUCAAUCAACUCCUCCAAUGAAUUGAACACGGACUGUUUUUGAACUGAACCUCCAAACUUGGUGAUGGGUCGUUCGCUAAGGAACGGAUCUUUCGGUGAACGUCGAACCACUUCGGUGAAAAAGCAAGUUAUUGGGCUCCUUGAUUUGCAUACUACUACUAUAAUUCACUAAAGAAGUUGAAUCAUCACAGCAGAAACAAUAAAUAGUGGGGAGAGCGCGUCAAUCUGGUCCACUGAUUUUUUUUUUCAGUGCAGGCCAUCUAAUCAUUUGGCCACGGUAGACAUGUAUUUUGAACGCGCAUUUCAUGAUCCGACAUAAUGGCAUUCUACCUUUUGGCCUUUACGUUGGAGAUUAGCAAUUUUAAUGUUUCUAUGUCGAUUUUUAAGCAUUUUGAAUGAGGAGCCUUUGGUGAUGUCAGGGGAAGAUGGCGGAAGUGGGUGCUGGGUUCGAAUCAAGCAGCGCGUCGACAAAAGUUUGUGAAUACGAAUGUUUAAUGGACAACAGUACCUAAAAUUAGAGUGGAUGAUACGUUUUUUAAUGAUGAUAAAUCGCUUCUUGUCGGGAUGCGUUUCCUGAGUACGGAUGCAUAUGUGGGAGACUCGUUUGAGGUGUCGAGAAUUGUGAAAUAUGUAUGCGCUGGGAAAAGUGGAGCCUGUCAGUGACCAGCUGUGGUAUUAUCUUGACUAAUUGUAUUUCUGAAGAACAUAGUAAGAUCGCAGUGACCCUCAAAAUAAGCGGACAACAAAAGUUAUGGACUUCGGAGUCACCUCAGGGAGGGUGUUCAUGUUGAAUACUUGAAGCCUCUCCAUGCCAGAUCUCACCCCCAACAUAGGCCUCUUCUGGUACUUCUUUGCCGAGAUGUUUGAGCACUUCCACCUCUUCUUCAUCUGUGUCUUUCAGAUCAACGUGUUCUUCUACACAAUUCCACUCUCCAUCAAGCUAAAGGAGCACCCAGUCUUUCUGAUCUUCAUGCAGAUCGCCAUCAUCUCCAUCUUCAAGUCCUACCCCACCGUGGGCGACAUCGCCCUCUAUAUGGCUUUUCUGCCGGCCUGGAACCACCUCUACAGAUUCCUGAAGAAUAUCUUCCUGGUGCUGGUUGUGUUGUUGGCGUGCUCCGCGCUGUUCCCCGUCCUCUGGCACCUCUGGAUCUACGUGGGUAGUGCCAACUCCAACUUCUACUAUUCCAUCACGCUGCUUUUCAAUGUGGCACAGAUCUUGGUGGUGUCGGACUACUUCUACGUGUACCUGCGGCGAGAGCAUCACCUAACCCACGUCCAGUACCUGAAGAGGAAAGACGGUAGCGAGGCCACUCUGGUUCUCAAGUAGUGGACGACACACACACACACACACACACACACACACACACACACACACACACACACACACAGGCAGGGAUGGGACCGCUGCAUGACUGAAAGUGACUCUGAACAUUACCCCACACUUCGAGUUCUUAUUUCUGAGGUCUUAAACAAACAGCCCAACCAACCCCUUGCCCCCACAUAAACCAGCCUUGGUGUUUCUGAAGGUCCCACUGGAGCAAGCCUGAAGAAAUGAAGGAAGGAGCAGACAUGGAGGUUAAGUGGCUGCGGUGAAAGAUGUGCUAACUUUUGUCUGUUCUGUCGCUCCAAUGAGUAGGUGAGAUAUAUAUUUUGGCAUGUAGGUGAUUGGGUUGCUGGUCUGGGUUCUUUUGCUUUUUUUUGUCCUUUUUUCUGUAUUUACUUUCUUAUGCCCACUGUCACUCACAUUGAAAACAAGCAGAUGAAUUGCGCAGAUGUGAGCCUUUGGGCGCAUAUGUAAACCAGACAGAUCUGCUCUUUUACCAGCAGAGGGCGUCAGUUGAAUAGGAAAACAACAGUGAUUUGUCAGUCUGUCUAUCAGCCAACGUGUUUAUUUGGGCACGCAAAGGAAAACUUUUAAAAACAUUUUGCGUAAAAAAAUUAGUAUUUUCCAAGUAGUCCACCUCUGUUUCAGGACGUUGUCUUCUGUUUGGUGCCUAAUGAACACAAACCUUUAUGUUUUGCUUUCCUAAUACACUAAACACUGUGUCCAACUAUAACGGUCUGUACAACUUGUUGGUAAGUUGCUACUCUUCUCUCAAUGAGUAUCUGAUGACUCCUGCAUUGUCACUAUUUGCAAGAGCAUAGGCAAAAGAUAUUGGGGAUAAGACACCCAUUUACUGGACUGUGUCUUCUCUGAGAAAAAAUGGAAUCUGAAUGGUACUCUGUACUUAGUGACAAUGAGAUAUGAUCUGGAAUCCUCUGAACUCUCGUGAUGCACUCUGCUUGGUGAAUGUGUUCCGUGUCAACUUGAAUGUUCAUGUAUGCCAUUUUUUUUAUAGAAAUUAGGGAUUUAUGUGUAUUUAUUUGUAUUUAUGGUGUUUAUUUAUUGCCAGCCCUGAUUUUUGUUCUAAAUGUUAAGUUGUUUGGUAUGGUUUUGUAUUUUUUAAUUUUUUAAAAAUAAGACCAGGGUGAUUUUGAAACGGAUAUUUUAUUUGCUGAAUGAUGGCUACAGUACCGGUUGUAGUUUUUGGGUGGAUACAGAUACAGUGCCUUCAGAAAGUAUUCACAUCCCUUGACUUUUUCCAAAUUGUGUUGUGUUACAGCCUGAAUUUAAGAGUAAUUAAUUGUAGAUUUGUUUUGUCACCGGCUUAGACAUAAUACCCCAUAAUGUCAGUGGAAUUAUGUUUUUUGACAUUUUUACAAAUGUAAAAUGGAAAGCUGAAAUAUAUUGAAUCAAUAAAUAUUCAACCCCUUGGUUAUGGCAAAUAAGUUCAGGAGUAAAAAUGUGCUUUACAAGUCACAUAAGUUGCAUGGACUCUGUGUGCAAUACUAGUGUUUAACUUGAUUUUUGAAUGACUACCUCAUCUCUGCACGCCACGCAUACAAUUAUCUGUUAGGUCUCUCAGUUGAGCAGUGAAUUUUAAACACUGAUUCCACCACAAAGACCAGGGAGGUUUUCCAAUGCCUUGCAAAGGAGGGCACCUAUUGGUA